UCAACAAGAGCUGUCAGUGUCACUGUCAACGCGUUUUGUAAUUUCUUCGAUUUUCAUAUUUCCCAUUUCAUGGGACAGAAAAUUGUUAACUUCAAUAAUUGAGAUAUUUUUGGCCAAGAAAUGGCUACGGCAGUUUUGACUGGCCAUAUGGCCACUAAAAUUUUACCAAUCAAUGGGUCUUUAAGUGUUGUUUAUAUAAAAGCUGCCCAAUACAGCUCUGAUGGUAGGCCAAACUUAGCUGCGUAUAAGCGCGGUACUGGUGGAAGGAGCAGCUUCAAUGGAAUAGUAGCAACAGUGUUUGGUUGCUCGGGAUUCGUUGGGCGGUAUGUGUGCAAUAAACUGGGCAAGAUUGGUACCCAGAUGAUUUUACCAUACAGAUGUGAUUUCUACGAUGUUCAAAGAUUAAAAGUUUGCGGCGACCUGGGUCAAGUUUUGUUCACCCCUUUUGAUCUCCGUGAUGAGGAGUCCAUUGCCAAAGCUGUCCGUUACUCCAAUGUUGUCAUAAACCUUAUUGGACGUGACUAUGAGACCAAGAACUUCAAGUACAUGGAUGUCCACGUGGAUGGAGCAAGACGUCUUGCAAGAAUUUGCCGUGAAAUGGGAGUAGAGAGAUUCGUCCACCUCUCUUACCUUAAUUCUGAGGAACACCCUAAGCCAUUAGUCAUGAAGACACCAUCAAUGUACAAAAUCAGCAAAUAUUUGGGAGAGCUUGCUGUCAAAGAAGAGUUUCCAACUGCUACCAUUCUCAAAGCUUCUGAUAUCUAUGGCUCUGAGGACAGAUUUUUAAGGGCUUUUGCUAGUGUCCUGCGUAUCCAGGGUAACCACAUGCCGCUGUACAAGAAUGGUCUAGCUACUGUAAAGCAGCCUGUAUUUGUAUCAGAUGUAGCUCAGGGCAUUGUGAACGCUAUUCGUGACCCUGAAACAAAAUGUCAAGUUUAUCAAGCGGUUGGUCCCAAACGAUACCUGUUGGCUGAUUUAGUGGACUGGUUCUAUAAACUGAUGCGAAAAGAUGAGAAAUGGGGCUAUGCUCGAUACGACAUGAAGUACGAUCCGCUAUUUCCAUUGAAGGUGACAAUGUUAAACAAGCUCUCGCCCGCUUAUCCUUUCGGAAAUCUGCACUGGGAAGGCCUAGAGAAGGAAGCUACCACGGAUGUUUUAGUGAGCGGAGUACCAACCUUGGAAGAUUUAGGUGUUACCCUAACGCAAAUGGAGGACCAAGUGCCAUGGGAGCUUAAACCGUACCGCGCGUAUCAAUACUACAUGGAUCAACUUGGAGAAUUCCCCAAACCCGACCCACCGAAGGUGCAGCCAUUAACAAUCUAAAACUUGAAUGCUAUGUUAAAUCAAUCAAACAAUUGUAGUAAAUGUUUUGAAUAAAGUUAUAGGAAACGAGUUA